AGCCUAUGUAAAAAGUUCAUUCCAAAUUGGAAUUUCCAACAUUAACAGUGUCUAAAUCCAAAUCUCAGAAAUAUAUAUAUUUCCAAAAACAAUUAUCAUGGGUCGCAGUAAGAUAAGAAGGAAGGUGCAUUUGUAUCGUCCUUUUAUGAAUCGAAGAACUACAGAGGAUUACUAUUUGACGCCCGAGCAGGUAAGGCGUAUAGUCCAGCGAUGGUAUUUCAUAUGGAACCCUCUUUCGGAAUCGGAAUCGAAGUGCAGUUCCAUUAAAGAAAGCCCCUUAAAGGAGCCAAGUGCCUAUGGCGAUUGGCAUUUGCUAGGGGGGAAAUACGAUUUCGAGACGACUGGCCGGCAAAUCCUGAUGAAUCUGAGCAACCAUCCCGCUCCGGAGGUAAUAUAUCCGCCCGUCUCGUUGGCCUCCAUAGUGCCCAACACCCUGCGGAUUAACAGUCCACCUUAUAUUACCCAUACGAUCUUCGAGCAUGUUAUGGAGGACAUAUGUGAACGGGCCAAGGCCUAUAUGAAACCACCCGAAUGUGAGGGAGCCGUGGGCUAUGAUCGACGGUACUACGACAGCCCCAUUCUGAUAAAAGCCCUUGGCAAUCGACCCAGUCGUCGUGGUCCCUUACCCACCCGAAGAAAUAUGGAUGGGGAAUCCUGGAUGGAUGGCCGCUACUGUGCCAAAUUAUUUGUAGAACUCAAUGAACCUCUGGUGGACUAUGCGAAAAUUCGUCAAUGCCGCAGGCGUAAGAGGCCACCAUCGAAGCGAAGUAAACUCUUGGCGGGAUUGAAAAAGAAAACGGUUGCCAAGAGGAAUACCAAAUGGACGCGUCCACGGGCCAGGCUUGUAUUCCAUUCGGAACCAGAGCGGAUUGACCAACAGUGGGAGAUUUUCGAGGAGGAGCCACUGCCCUCGGAUGAUUAUUAUGUGGAGUAUGUGAAUGACGAAGUCGAUCUGGAGCCAGAGCAAUCCGGGCACUCCUCGGUGGACGACGAUUUGAUACCAAAGGAAACCCGAUCCCAAUCGGAUCUUGCACUGGACUACUUGAGGGCCUGUCCAAGGCUAAGGCGCUGUCACAGCCUAGGAAGUCUUUAAUAUAUGGAUGUAUUUUUCACUACCACUUGAUGCAACAUUUUAAAAAUUCCAAUGUGUCAAUAUUAAGAAUUCAAAAUUCCAAUACGCGUAUCAUCACUUUUCGAAAAGCCCUAUUUAAGCAACAAUAAUAUAUAAAUACUUUCAAUUUCGAGAAGUCCAUUCAAGAAAGCCCCCUUCUCGAGACCCCCUAUUCCGAUUUCACGCAAUUAAAAAGACCAGCAGUUAAACGAGGAAAAAGAGCGGCAAUUGUAACAGGCGGCAAGCUCAUCGAUCAG